GGCUCCUGGAUCCCCUGACUGUGUCCUAAUUGGACUUUACGGGACCUUCUAGGGAAAGCUUUCUUCACGAUCGAGGACCCAGUCAGUCACGAUUAUCUUCUGAACAACCUCGCCGCGGUUUUUACUGGUCAUUUAUGGCGGUUAAUUCUAUCUUACGCGCCCGUGUGGUGGUACUGGCGUUGAUUCUGGUUGUUCUGACCGGUAAUCAGAAUAUGGUACCGGUGGCUGAAGCAGUAUGGUUAACGAUUCCGACUUCCGGAACCAAGUGCGUAACGGAGGAUAUUCAGAACAACGUCGUCGUACUGGCCGAUUACUAUGUUAUCGACGAAACUGAACCCCACAAAACCCCAGGAGUCUCUGUCCGGGUAACAUCACCAUUCGGGAACAAUCUUCACCACAAGGAAAAUGUAACUCUUGGACAAUUUGCAUUUACAACCACCGAGUCUGGCAACUACGUGGCAUGCUUUUGGAUAGAUGGCAAUCAACACGAUAGAAGCUUAACUAUGAGUCUUGAUUGGAAAAUUGGAAUUGCUGCCAAGGACUGGGAAUCUGUUGCAAAGAAAGACAAGAUUGAGGGUGUUGAACUUCACCUGACGAGACUUGAAGGAAUGGCACAAGCCGUCCAUGAAAAGAUAAACUUUCUUAAGAAACGGGAACAGGAAAUGAGAGAAGUCAGUGAAAAGACCAAUGCUAGAGUGGCAUGGUUCAGUAUCAUGUCCCUUGGUGUCUGCAUUGCAGUUUCAGUUUUGCAGGCGUGGUACUUGAAGCGCUACUUUCAGAAGAAGAAGCUUAUCUAGGUUUUUCUUAUUCUUCAUUUCCAGCGUAAAGCUGGCUGAAGUUUUAAAAGACGAAAAGAUUUCACACGCACACAAUUCUUCGGAAACCACAGUAGUGUUCUUUUUGUUCUUGUUAUCUGGGUAGAGUGGUGGGAGGUAGUAUUAGUGUUGAAUGAGAAAAUUUUAUGAUUCUGAAAUCAUAUGAAUAGAAGAAAGAGGAAGACAGAGAAUGAUGAUACUCAUGACUGAGUAUGAUUGGCUAUAAACAAAACUGUGACUUGAAAUAUUGCCAUCAAAAGUGUUGCUCCCUCGGAUGCUGAAGAAAGAAAUAAUUGUUGUAUUAGUUCUUUCAAUUGAAGUUUCUUGACAAAGGCCAUCAUGAAAUGAUUUUCUAUGGCAACGUUGUCCAGAA